CGGUAAUAACCAAAAUAAUUCUUUCAGAGUCCUCCAGAUCAGUCGGCCAUCCGGAUUAGGAUACGAUGGUCAACAAAAAACUGGCUCAUGUACUUCGGCGUUUGAGGCAGAUGCCGAGAUCCUCUUUCUUUUUCUUUUGUCUACAUAGCACCACCUCCAUCGACAAAUACCUUGUUGAAAAGUUAAACCGCUUCGGUCGCUAAAAAUUCACUCAGUUCUUGACAUCAAUGAAACGAAAGAACACCACCUCCUCCGUCGUGCCACAGAUUGGAAGGUUACUCCAAUCAUUCGCCUUCAUUUUCUGCGGUAUUCUGUCUAUCUUGGUCAGCGUUACCGAUGCUAAAGGAUCAGAUCCAUCGAACGAUGGAACCUACGACUUUGACACACCUUACCACUGCUGCGGAACGAUCAUCCUACCUGACAAAGCUAUAUCUAGAAAGGAUGGAUAUCUCUUGACUGUACAUGGCGUGCUACUGGGAGUAGCACUCCUGUUGAUUGGCCUGAUUCUUCUACUACGUGGAUAUCACGAAACGGACGCUGGCAUCAAUAGUCGCUUUAUCGCUGGUUUUAUUACCAUGGCUUUGAUCAGCUGGGUUGUUCUGACCAAUUUUGAACCUGCAAGAACAUAUGGCACGUACAGGUGGACUAUUUACCUUGUGGUGUGUUUCGUAAUAGGCGCCAUAGGCGGACUGAUCAUUAGCUGCACAUUCCAUCUGUUCCUUAUGGUCCUGAGUGCCCUUGGCGCUCUCGCCUUUGGACUGUGGUUGCUUGGAUGGAAGAACGGUCUUCUUAUUAGUACGUCAUGGGGUAGAGCCUUAUUCCUCAGCUUGAUGGUGCUGGCAGGUCUCUGCGUUACGCCAGUGCUAUGGUUCGCUCCGGCUCUUGGUGCUGCCUUCGCUGGCGCGUACAUCUUCAUGCUGGGCCUGGACAUAUUCGUCCACACGGGAUUCACCUACGGUCCUAUGUGCACAUUGGAUGCUAAUCCCAACCAUCCAUGCGAGUAUUAUUUGACGUGGCAAGUGUAUGUUAUGCUUGCUGCUACUCUACUUCUUUCUUUCAUUGGCAUGUUCGAUCAACUGCUGAGACGCCCUCAUCUUGUACGCAGCCAGCAUGCUAUGUACUAUUCCUACAGCAAAGGUAUCUUACCUCCAAUGUGGGGAAGACCUAUCGUAGCGUAGUUGUUAUAUAACAUUUUAAUAUGUACACCUUACCCCUCUCUCCCUAUCCUCUGCCCCAUAGUCAUCUAUAGCAAAUUUUUCACGUACAAUGGGUAAUAACCGAAAAAAAAAGAUCAUGGUACAAACAGUACUUCGUCUUUUUAAUACAUCUCUUGGCAAAAUUGGAGAAGUCUUACAACUGUCCUGUUCUGCCAACAUGCACCAUAUCGAUGUUCCUAUGGUGAUCAGCU